AAGGGAGUAAUUACUAAGGUAUUUGGUUUGAUAUUGAAGCUUGGGCUUGGCCUUAACUGUAUAAAAAUUUGUUUCCGAUGAUACCUCAGCAUCUUUAAAACAAUUUUUAUCGUAUGUGAAUAAAAAUAAUUACUACUCCUUUUAUACCAAAAUGAGCAAGGAAAUCAGAAUCAUAAAUUGCAGACCCGGUGUAGCAUUACAAUUGGAGAAGUAGAAUAGCACAAGUAUUUUUCUGGUCUCUGCUUCGCUGCCAUUGCCAGCCUAUGCAACCGUCCAGCUACCUCCACGUGUCCCUUUUCAUGUUCAUUAUCAACCUAUGCUCCCCUUUUGUCUUACCUCUAUAAUAUCCUAGCAAAAAAAAAAAAAAAAACAGAGUUUUGACUCCAUAUAAAAAGCAAGAAAGCGUUUCUUUCUUUUUUAACGUCAUUUAUCCUCUUAUAUGUUGCUAUUAUUAUUAUUAUUAUUAUUAUUAUUUAUUAUCGUUGGUUUACACUUUCUAUUACUACUAAAACAGCCGAGGGUUUCGACAUGUGUGUUAAUAAGUGGAACUAAAAUUCCAGUUAUUCACUAUCUCUUUCUCUGGCGAUGAUAAUCUUUCUGCAGCACUGAACAUCAUUUUGUCAUGAUGCGUCAACGCUUUGCAAGGAUUCCACGUGUCUUGAGUUCUCUAGUUGGUUCAACCAUUUCCACGAGCACUAAAGAUCUAAGUACUCGGACUCGGGUGCGGGUGUCCGAUACGGGUGCGGAUCUAGAGGUCGGAUCCUUCAUGAUCUAAAUUUUAAGAUUCGGGGAUACGAAUACAGGUAUGGAUACGGGUGCGAGGAUCCGGCUAAAAAUAAUUGAAAUAUCUAAAAAUAGAACUAUGGAACCUAAAUUAUGAGAUAUUAUGUGAAAAACAUGAGGAGAAAAUAUUGAUCAAGAGGAGAAUCCCGGAAGGAGAUAAAAGGAAAAGGAGUGACAUAGAAAUUUCAAUAUACAUGGUAUUCCAUUUUCUUUAAGUCCAUCUUAGCUUUUGUUUUGAUUAUAAAAAAUAUUGGAUCUGUCCGGAAUUUUUCUGUUGAUUUUGGUCAAAGUACCCAAAAGCUGUUGACCAGAUCGGGUACGGAUCCCACACCCACACCUAGACCCAUGUCCUGUCGACACGGGUGCAGCACCGAAAGUGAAGAGUCCGAGUAACUUAGCAAGUAAAGAUCAUUUGACUAGUAAGAACUAUGGAGCUUUUGAAUGUUUGCCUGAUUGUAUCAUUAUCACUAUCGAUCAUUUGACUAGUAAGAACUAUGGAGCUUUUGAAUGUUUGCCUGAUUGUAUCAUCGUCAAUAUCCUAAGUCGACUUGCCAUAGAUUGCAUUCUGAAAUGUCAAAGGGUCUGUCGGCUGUAGAAGGCUUUGAUCUCUUCACGUAUUUUGCCAACCUUACUUCAUGAUAAAGAGAGUUUUUUCAUACAGUAUGACGAACUUGACUUUUUCGUGCUAGAGGAAAAUGAUAGUAAAGAGAAAGUGUUCAAGAAAGUAAGCCUCAAACCGGAGCUUAAAAUGAAUAAGUACCAUCCACGUCUUUUACAUUCUUAUCCAGGACUACUUCUUUUUGGCGACCAUGUUUUCCCUUAUACAUUUUUUGUUUUUAAUCCCAUAACACAAGAGGAAAUAACCAUAAAGCACACGCUCGGUGCUGGCAGCAUCUGUGGUUUUUAUUUGUGUCCAUUGACUAGGGAACUUAAGAUUCUUUAUGCUAAAGUGCGAAGUAGAGGCUGUCAAUAUUUAAUUUACACUAUCUGGAGUCAAACUUGGAGGAGAAUUCGUUCACCUGCUUUGAAUUCCAUCCCUACUUAUCUCUCUCCUGCAAUUGUUAAUGGUGCAAUGCAUUGGAUUAUGGAUCGAGAAUUUGGGGAAGAGGAUGGCAUCCCUCCUUGCUCAAUUGCAAUUUUGAUGUUUAGAUUGGAUACAGAAGAACUCUCUCACAUGCCUCAUCUUGGAACACAACGUAGCUCAAGACAAUCACGUGAAUGCCGAACACAUGAAACAAUGUCUCUUCUAGUGAAGGAAGAGCAUCUGUCUUUCUGCCAAUUGCGUAUUCAUGAGAAAGCAAUGGACAUAUGGAUCUUGGAGGACUGUGAGAUGUGGGCAUGGAUCAGAAGCUACAGGGUUAAUCUUGAUCUUGAUGUGAAUGUUUUCCCUUACCAUUCGCCUUCUGCUUAUUGCGAAUCUGAGCUGAUACAUUGGGGCAUGGCACAGUUUGUAAAGCCUUCAAGCAUUCAUGAUGGUGAACUACUAAUAUGCUGGUCUCUGAGAGGAUUGUUUCUUUAUGAUUUGGAUGGUAAUACGGUGAGGAGAAUUGAGCCACAAGGAAGAAGCUCUACAUUAACCCCAUUCACUUGUAUGCCUUACACCAAGAGCCUCCGUCACAUUGUCUAACUCUCUUCUGUUUCAUUUAACAGUAGUUUCAGACUGUCAAUGCUUAUUUCUUACUUGUGCUGGUUGUGUUGUGUAUACUGUGCAUUUGACCUGAACUUAGCCAAGGGAAUCUAUCUCAUCAGUGGUCUUUUUUUGUGAAAGCAUUAUGUUGUUCUGCACAGAGUUCCUUUGGCGGUCGUUUUUGGGAAUUCAUUUAAGAACUUUAUAUCCCAGUACUUUAAUUGAGCACUUGAGCUAUAUAGUAAGUAAUUGCUUUGUAGAUAUAUAUACUACAGAUUCACUUUCGGGCUAUUGUUUGAUUUCUAAGUUGGACCUUACUUGUCCCUAUUCAAGAGAUGAACCAAACUUUUGAGUGCAUGUAUGAUAUCCAGAUGCUUAUGCUU